GUUGGUACCAGUAGCUGUAGUGUAUAUGGUAUUGUUAUUUCAAUUACCACUGUAACAGUAGCAGCACUUUUAGCCACAGUUUAAAGAUAGUAGGCUCCUAACUGCAGAUUCUGCACUCGUCUUUAUCAUGGUGUUUUUCACGUGUAAUGCUUGUGGAGAGUCACUGAAGAAGAAUCAGGUAGAGAAACAUUACAUGACAAAAUGCCGGAACUGUGAAGUGCUGUCUUGUGUGGAUUGUGGAAAAGACUUCUGGGGUGAGGCCUACCAGGAACAUGUGAAAUGUAUUUCUGAGGAGGAAAAAUACUCUGGAAAAAACUACAAACCCAAACCUGGGACAAACAAAGGAGAAGUUAAACAGGAACAAUGGACCCAGCAAGUUCAAGAAGCAAUUGACAAAGCAUCUGCUAAUCCAAAAUUGCGAAACCUGUUGAUUCGCAUGAAAGAUUAUGCCAACAUUCCAAGAAAGCAAGCAAAGUUUGAGAAUUUUGUGCGAAACAGUUUACGAGUGUCAGAUAACAGUUUAAUCAAACAAGUAUGGGACAUUUUGCUAUCAGAGAAAAAUAAGAAUGAGAAAGAAAGUGAAAAUGGCACACCCAAGCCAUCUGAGGCUCCCAGUACCAUUGUAGUUGGAACAGGAAACGGUACCACACAACCCCAUGAACAAGAGCAAAAUGGAAAAAAGAAGAAAAAAUCAGCAGAAAAGGAAAGGAAAAGGGGAGACAUAUCUGACACAGAAACAAACAAUUUUGGAUCAUCUGACAGUGUAAAUGAUAUUGAGUGCUCACAAAAUGGAGAGUUUAGUCUUGGAAAGCAUAAAAAGAAGAAGAAGAAGAAAAGAAAACAGGAGGAACUGGAUGAUAAGUUUGGGAUCUCUGAAAAUGGAAAAAGCAAAAGGAUGAAGUCAUGUACAGAAACAGAAAAUACAGUGAAGCUGAAUGACACUUUGGAGACAGAUGAUCUUUUAAAGAAGGGGAAAUUUAAAUGGGAGGAUGUCAUCUGCCAGGUGUUAUCUGCGGCAACUGACCAAGAAUUGUCUUUAAAGAAACUUAGGAAAAAGGUGCUGGCAGAAUACUCCUCAUAUGACAAUAAUAAACCAGAGGACAGAAUUCUGGCAAAGUUUGAGAAGAAAGUACGAAAAAAUCCAAGACUGAAGAUGCUUCAAGACAGAGUGAAAUUAGUGUCUUGAAGUUAGUAAACUUCUUUAAAAAGUGGACAGAGAACUGUUUUUAAUAAUAAAUUGUGAUGCUGCAGAUUUUGCAUUGUCUACAGUUCUAGUUUUCUCUCAGGUGAUCUAGCAUUUUCCUGGCAUAUUUUGAAAUAGCAGGAUCUUGAACCUUUGAAAUAGUGAUAAUAACCAGUGUUUGACAAAUUUUAUUUAUUGUAAAAGUAAGAAAAAAUAAUAAUUUUAAUACACCCUA